AUGCUAGUUGAUCUUCCUUGUUAUUCAUGGCAAAGUUACAAUCCCAUAGAAGAAGCAGGGCUACUUUUGGGAAACACAGAUGACCAAUUAGGCAGCUGUCCUAAUUACUCUUCUUCAUGUAUAUCUAUUGAAGAUUUCUCUGAUGUUUCCUCUUCUAUCCCAUUUUCCCCAGCUAUGAUUUUUUAUGAGUCUCUAGGUUUUCCUACUCGUGUUGAUGAUUUGCCUGUCACCACGUUCUGGCCAGAGGAACCGAAUUCUUCCCUAAAUUGUGAGUCUAAUACUACUUUCGUGGACUCUUUGAUGGUGAAUGAAAUUGAGGAUAUCAGUGACUGGUUGGCGAGUGAGGGCAGUCUACCUGCGCUACAAAAAUUUCCUGGAAAUGAUGCAGGGAGCCUGUUUGUAUCUCCAUCACUGAGGGAAGCAUCUAUAGACACACUGACGAAUCAAUCAUCCUUUAUUCUGCCCGGCAUUGGCAUGGAAGUUGAUAACCAUUUAAUGAUUCUCCAUCUGCUUAAGGCUUAUGGAGAGGCUGCAGAGAUGGAGAUGAAAGAGUUAGCUGAAAACAUUUUGAGGCGAUUAAAAGAGAAGGCAUGCCCUAUUGGUUCAACUCUGGAGCGACUUGCUUAUUAUUUGAUUCAAGCACUGGAAGGAGAAGUGGACUUUCUAUGCCAAGAAGCAAGCAAGAAUUAUGAGAUUGUUUUUAAAGCAUUCUAUCAGAUAUUUCCCUACGGGAGGUUCGCUCACUUUACUGCCAAUUCUGCAAUAUUAGAAGCCAUUCCUGAAGAUGCUGACAUAGUGCACAUAGUUGAUUUUGACAUUGGUCAAGGUGUGCAAUGGCCUCCGAUGAUUGAAGCGCUUGCCAGGCGAGGCGAAACAAAGGUGAGAUUGACUGCAGUAAAAUGGGAGGAGGAAGAGGAUUGUAGUGGUGUUAGUUCCACGAAGAGGUUUGAGGAGACGAAAAUGCGCCUAUAUGAACACGCACAUAUAUUCGGUUUGAGAUUGAAAAUGGAGGAGAUGGAUAUGGAUGCUUUAGUUAGUGAGAUGAAGAAGACAAAGAAAAGAGGUGGGAGAAGUGAAUGGUUAGCCUUCAAUUGCAUGGUGGGUCUCCCUCACAUGGGGAAAGGGAGGACUGCUAGGAGUCUUGUGGAGUUUCUAAGGUUAGCUAAAGAUUCAAUAAGCCUCAAUAAUGAUAGUGGUAGUGGUACUAGGGGAACUAUAACUAUUGGAGAUGGAAUUGGUUGGGGCAAGAGAACGGAGGAGCAGACAGGAUAUGGGUCUAUUUUUGAAGGGCAGUUGGUUCAGUUCCUGGCCUUGAUAGAAUCAAUUGACUCUCAUUUCCCUUACCAUCUAAGAGAAGCAAGAAUAGCCAUGGAAUGUGUGUUUUUGAUACCUUAUUUUGCUUCUUCUAUUGGCUUGCAAAUAUGGGAUGAUAUCGCCAGAGAAAGUAAGGCACUCUCAGGGGUAGGAUUGGUGGCUUGGAGGAUGAGGAAAGACAAUCUUAUGGAGGCCAAAGAACUGAUCAGAGAAACAGAAAGCUUCUACUGUGCGAGCAUAGAAGGAGUAAAGGAGAACCAGAUGGUACUGAGCUAUAUGGGAAUUCCACUGGUGAAGGUUUCAAGUUGGACAUAA